AUGGCCAGCGCAGCGUCACACUAUCCCCAUCGGCUCUCACAGGAUGAUGAGUCAAUCCUUGAUGACGAUAUCAUUGAAACAGAUGAUGCGAUCGAAGCCGACGACCCAUUACACGAUACAUCGGAUACUGCCCCGCUAAGAGGCAACAUUCAGGCCGAAUCUUCGAGUUCGCGAGGUGGCAACCUGUCCGGCAAUUACCUCACGUCGUCUAUUCCCGGCGAAGACCGUCGUGCAGCUCUCAAUACCAUCGACGAAAGUGUCUGGGACACCCUUUCGCGUGACCUGCUGGCAGUAUGGGAGAAAAUGCGCCAGGUGCUGUGGCCUAAAUAUCUCAUGGGCGGACUGCUGCAGCGCGGUGGAGGUGGCAUCGGUGCCGCGGAGCGUGGGGAGGCCACUGGAUUUGGUGGUGGUUUGAGGAAUCUGGCGGGGCGCUGGCCGGAUGCCGAUAUGGUACUCCAGGGUGGUAUGAGUGAAGGGCUGCGUGAUUGGGAUCUCUGGGGCCCUCUCAUCUUCUGCUUGCUUUUGAGCAUGUUUCUGGCGAUGCGCGCCAAAGGAGAUCAGUCCGACAUCGUCUUCUCGGGAGUGUUCUCAAUCGUGUGGAUUGGAGAAGCGGUUGUGACCCUGCAGAUUAAGCUACUGGGUGGAAAUAUCUCCUUUUUCCAGUCCGUUUGCAUCAUCGGCUACACUCUCUUUCCUCUCGUUAUCGCCGCCCUCCUCAGCGCCUUGGGCCUCCCGACUAUCGCCCGGAUACCGGUCUAUCUCGUUCUGAUCGCGUGGUCAUUGGCAGCGGGUGUUAGCAUUCUGGGAGGCUCAGGAGUCCUCCGGAACCGAGUCGGCAUCGCGGUUUACCCCCUGUUCGUGUUCUACAUUGCGAUUGGAUGCCUCUGUUUCAUUAGCUGA